UCCUCCCGUGGGCUGUUCCGAAUGAGACGCCUCCCUCCCUCCGCCCCUCUGAUCCUCUUAUCAGCGAGUAGCUAAGCGGCCAAGAUGGAUGUUGUAAACCAGCUGGUGGCCCAAGGGCAGUUCACAAUAAUCAAACAACCACUGGGAUUUAUAAAAGUUCUACAGUGGAUCUUUGCAAUCUUCGCCUUCUCCACAUGCGGCAGUUACAGUGGCAUGUUCAAGUUGAGCGUGGAGUGUAAAAACCGGGAAGAAAGCAACUUAGCCAUAGAAGUACAAUUUGAUUAUCCAUUCAGGCUCCAUCAGGUUUACUUCGAUGCCCCCACCUGUAAGGGAGAAAAUGAGGAGCGUCUUUUCCUGGUCGGGGACUACUCCUCCUCGGCUGAGUUCUUCGUCACCAUCGGUGUCUUUUCCUUCCUCUACUCUAUGGCAGCUCUCUCCGUAUACUGCUUCAUCCUGGAGAAGUACCGCGAAAACAACAAAGGGGCUCAAAUCGACUUUGUCGUGACGGCGGUAUUCGCCUUCAUGUGGCUGGUGUCUUCAUGUGCUUGGGCUAAAGGCCUGUCGGACGUGAAAACAGCCACUGAUCCAGAGAGGGUCAUCACUCUAAUCUCAGCCUGCGAUGAACCAGAGAACCGCUGCCGUGAGGUGUACGACCCUAAGGUCUCCGGCCUCAACACCUCCGUGGCUUUUGGCUUCAUCAACCUGAUCCUGUGGGUGGGAAACCUGUGGUUCGUCUUCAAAGAGACCGGCUGGAUGGCCGCCUUUGCCGGAACGUACGUCCCGUCGCAGGAGAAGCAGCCCGCCCCUGACUCCUUUGGCCAGGGAGGCUACGGACAGCAGGACCCCUACGCCGGCUCCCAGGGAGGCUACCAGCCCGAGUACGGCCAGCAGGGAGGCUACAACGAGGACGGAGGCUACAGCCAGGGCUAUGAGCAGCAGCCCACCUCCUACUCCAAUCAAAUGUGAGCCUUCCCAGCCAAACAGCAGCUGGAGAAUGGGUGACCUUGUGAUUUUGGAGUGUGGCUCUCGACCACCACCUGCAUUUCCACACUCCUCUGUUUGUCUGUUUGUGUAUCUGUGAGUUGACCAGCGGAGGGAGGGCGGCAUGGAGGGCAGACACCGGUGGGUUGGGGAGGGCGUCACCUCUGGGGGAGCAGGAUGUUCGGGCGGUGGGGUGGGGCGGGUGGGGAUGAACACGCGGGGUAAAAUGGGUCUUUUUGCUGUAACAUGAUGUUUAUUCUCGUGAUGUAUUUAACUGUAGAAGACAACGGAGGAUUGUCUGUUUGGUUAUACGAGAAAAACUUGAAUACAAAUACCAAAACAUUCGUUGAUGAACAUUUAAGAGAAAUCUUGUAAUGGAAAAGACUUACAUUUAUGGAAAAAAAAUUGUAGUAAUAUUUAACUUGGGAGAAUGUAUUUGUCUGUGCUGUGUAAAUAUCAACAUGCUGAUAUAUAUGAUUAUAUGUACACAGUUGAAUAAUUGUGCACUCCAUAUUAGUUGUUAUACAACAAAUGUAGAGCACAGAGUUAUUCAAUUGGAUUUAUUUUGGUUCUGUUUAGGAGCUCACAUAGUUUAGCCUUUGCCCUUCAGUUCCCUUAAACUAACCGUAACACAAUCAUGAUUUUAUUUACCCAUUCAAUCCUUUUUAUUUCCCAUGAAGUUAUUUUUCUUAAAUUUGAUCAGCAUUACUGGCAGGAUUUUAGGAAUCAGGGCGGAGGCUGGAGAAAAUGUGAUGGCAGGUAUAGAAAGGAAAACAGAAGAGAUUUAAUCUAUAUAUAUAUAUAUAUAUAUAUAUAUAUAUGAAUAUAUUUAAGUGAGCUCAGAAAGAGUGAUAUAUAGUAAUAGUAGUGGUAACAGUGGGUUGUAAGUAGGCUGUUUUAACUUUGUUUUUAUAUCUAUAUUUUUCCAUCAAAAAUCACUGUCAAGAGAGGAUGAAUUCUUGUGAUAUACUGAAUAUUAAAAAUCCUGACGUAUAAAAUCAAAACCUGCAUAGGGAUAAGAAAAUUAGUAAGCAUGGUAGCAUCCCAUAUUUGCUGUGCUGUUUCAGAAACUGCUAUAGUGCUAUCAGUAUGGAAAUUGUGAAUUGGGGCAGUGAACAAUGAUUUUAGCGACGUGUGUGUUUGUUUAUUUGUUUGGAUUUAUGUACCGACAUCAGAGUUUUGUCAAUGAACCCCGUCCUGUGUUCGAUCGCCUUUUAUGUGGUCCAGAAAGUUGUAAGACAGAGUUAUAUAGUUUUUUAACUGGUGUUUCUAUCACACUGUAAUCAGCGACAUGCAUACUCACAUCGACAUGAACUAUAGGCAAAUGAGAUGAAGUAUAAUAAAUUUCAAAGAUCUUGGUUAUGCCAUGGGAAACUACAUAUUAUUAGGAGACAGUCUGAAUACUUCCGCAUCCUCAAACCUUCUUUAUCUCUUCUCUUUCUGACCGCAAGUCUGCAUGCAUCUUACUCCUUAUACUCCCAAAGCUUCCAUAGACAUAUUUAAGAGGCUGAGGCUCAAAGCUGCAGGAAAGCGUUAAGACUACACAGUAAAUAUCGUGAUACCUUUCGAUCCAUCGUAGUGGUUACCGCACAGCACACACUGAACAGCAGCUCUGCUAUACUCUACUUGUCAAAGCACAAUGUUAGUGCGGCAAUAAUGACUUCUUUCCAGAUAUAAAUGCACCUCUCCGACUGCCAAUCCCCUGUUUGGAUAUUCAAGAUCGUAUUUUGCCAAAUGGUAAGAGUUUGUGUGUUGAUUGGUAGUUUCGCUUCCACAGUCCUCAUCAGAACGAGUCGUGGUCCAUUUCCAGGAUGUCUCUUCAUUGUACAGCCUUUGAUUUCAGUCAUUUAAAAAGAAAAAAGAAAAAAAAUCAGGGUUCUUUCAUUCAGGCAGUGUAGAAGCACCUGGCUUUUCUUCCUCCUCUCGUCCUCCCACCUCUGUUUCUCUUCCCUCUUUCUUUCUCUUUCACUGUAGCUCUUAUAAAUAUGCUGAAAUGAAAUAUACUCUGUUGUUAGUGGUGAAUGAUGUCUUGUGAUACUCUCUACGCCUUUGGAUAGUGCUGUGUUUAUUGUGUAUGAUGUAUUCAUAUUAGUAUUUAUGAUAAUGAUAAGUCAGAGAA